GGAUCCCCGUCAAUUUGUACUAUAUAUAUAUACAAGUGACUCAAGAAACAAAUAGGAGUAUCAUUCUCAGACACAAUUAAACUCUCUUGUGAUUGUGAUUGUGAUCAUGAUGGUGAUUCUGACAACCCUUUUGGUGAUUUUUGUGACUGUGCUAUUGAAAGUUCUCUAUGACACCAUUUCAUGUUAUUGGCUCACUCCAAUGCGCAUCAAAAGGGUCAUGGAGAGGCAAGGUGUGUGUGGCCCCAAACCUCGGUUUCUCACAGGUAACAUCAUGGACAUGACCUCCCUUGUUUCAAGAGCAGUUUCUCAAGACAUGAAAACCAUCAACCAUGACAUUGUUGGUCGCCUUUUGCCACAUUUUGUUGCCUGGUCUAAACAAUAUGGAAAGAGAUUCCUAUAUUGGAAUGGUACAGAACCAAGGCUGUGCCUAACAGACACUGCAUUGAUAAAGGAGUUUCUGUCAUCAAAGUACAGUACUAUAACAGGCAAAUCGUGGCAGCAACAACUAGGAAGCAAACAUUUCAUUGGCCGAGGAUUGUUGAUGGCAAAUGGUGAAGAAUGGUACCACCAACGACACAUGGUUGCCCCUGCAUUCAUGGGAGACACACUUAAGAGCUAUGCAUGGCACAUGGUGGAAUGCACAAAGGAAAUGAUUGAAUCACUGGAAAAUGUGUUGGAGAGUGGGCAAAGUGAGGUAGAGAUAGGAGAAUGUUUCACCAAACUCACUGCAGAUAUCAUCUCAAGAACUGAGUUUGGUUCAAGUUAUCAAAAGGGAAAGCAAAUAUUCCAUCUUCUCACACAGUUGCAGAGUCGUUGUGCUCAAGCAACUCGUCACCUUUGCUUUCCUGGAAGCAGGUUUUUGCCAAACAAGUACAACAGAGAGAUAAAGUCCAUGAAGAAGGAGGUGGAGAGACUCUUGAUGGAGAUCAUAGAGAGUAGAAAGGAUUGUGUGGAGAUGGGGAGAAGCAAUACUUAUGGGAAUGAUUUGUUGGGAAUACUAUUGGAUGAGAUAAAAAAGGAGGGUGGUGGCUUGAAUCUACAACUUGUUAUGGAUGAAUGCAAAACAUUUUUCUUUGCUGGACAUGAAACCACAGCACUCUUACUCACUUGGGCAUUCAUGUUGCUAGCUAGCAAUCCUCAUUGGCAAGAAAAAGUCAGAGCUGAGGUCAAAGAGGUCUUCAAGGGAGCAACUCCAUCGGUUGAUCAACUCUCCAAACUCACUCUGACACAUAUGGUAAUCAACGAGUCAAUGAGGCUGUACCCUCCGGCAACAGUGCUUCCAAGAACGGCAUUCAAAGACAUUCAACUGGGUGAUCUUCACAUUCCCAAAGGCUUAUCAAUUUGGAUUCCAGUGCUAGCCAUUCACCACAGUGAAGAGCUUUGGGGCAAAGAUGCAAACAAGUUCAACCCUGAGAGGUUUGCUUCAAAGUCCUUCAUGCCUGGCCGUUUCAUUCCAUUUGCCUCUGGCCCUAGAAACUGUGUUGGACAAUCAUUUGCCAUCAUGGAAGCUAAGAUCAUUCUGGCCAUGUUGCUGUCUAGGUUUAGCUUCACCAUUUCUCAGAAUUAUAGGCAUGCACCAGUGGUUAUCCUCACCAUUAAGCCCAAGUAUGGUGUUCAACUUUGCCUCAACCCUUUAGAGCCAUAAGA